AUGCUUGUUGGAGAGCAAUCGCCGGCGCCGCGAGUGGUGGCCGGCUUAAGAAAAUUGCGCCCCGAGCUAACACCUGGACCCAUACCUACGCCUACUGACCCAGAUUUUAGGAUAUCAGGCGUGCUCCGCCAGUGCUACGAUGACGACGCGGUCUCCUGGGCGUGGGUCAGGGCGGCGGUGCGCGGCGGCUGCCUGCUGGCGUGGCGCGACGGCACGCUGCCACGGCGCCCCGCUGCCAGGCUGCCACUGCGGCACCUGCACCUGCGCGCCGCCGCCAGGCUGCCGAACGCCUUCCAGCUGUCGCGGCUGCGGGACGACGCCCCGGUUGCCACGUUCCAGGCGUGCAACGAGGCGGAGUACGCGCGGUGGGUGCGCGCGCUGUGCGUCGAGAUCCUCGGCCAGACUCCGCUGCCGCAGGUGCGUUUCCUGGACGUGCUGCCGGCCGCGGACACCGGACGCAGACCGGAGAAGGCCUCGCCGCCGCCGCAGGAGACGCCCGCCUGCCCCCCGCGCCCUCCCCCGCGCGCCCGCCGGCGGCUGCUCGCGCCCGAGACUCAGCUGCCCCGCCGCGACCCCUCCCCCGCCGCCACCGGACGAGGGCAUAACGCGCCGCGGCCGGUGCGCACCGCGCGCGUCGUCCAGUGCGACAGCUGCUGCAAGCUGGCCGCUAGCCCGCAGCAGCACCACACGCUGCCGCGCUCGGGCCCGGAGAAGCGGCGGCACCGCUACCUCAAGCGGUGGGAGGGGAGCGCCGGGGGUGCGGAGAGGGGCCGCUUCGCCCUGGAGGCGGCGCGGCGCAAGACCGCCUCGCUGGAGAGCCGGGCGAGAUCCUGCUCGCCGAACGUACACGAGGCGGUGUCGAAGUACGUGCCCGUAAGGGAGCGGAGGGCGCUGUUCGAGUCGCUGUCGAGGAGCGGGGGCGGGUUGGCGCGCAGCAGCGAGCAGCUGUCGAGGCCGGCGCCGGUCGCGCCGAGGCGGGCCGCUUCGAUGCACGAUCUGCAGGCGCCGCCGACGAGGUCCGUGAGCGACCUGCGCCAGUUCUUCGAGGCGGUGGCCCGGGGCGCCGGCGGGUGCGCCGUCCAGCGGCACAGCGCCCCCCCCAACCCGCCGGCCCGCGCCCUCGCCCCGCUCACGUGCGCG